ACAGAUAGAAAGGAAAACCGAAACCCGAAGCAUUAGCUCAGAGUAGACGUUGAAAUGACAAAUUUGCCCCCGUCAUUAUCAAUGAACGCAGCCUUUGGCGGCAGCGGUGCUGCUCCUCCGCCUUCUCCCGGUGGCUCCUCCCAGAGCUCCCCCGGAGGCAACAAGGAUCGCAAGAUGGCCUCCGCCGAGCAGCUCGUCCUCGAGCUCAGCAACCCCGACCUUCGUGAAAACGCUCUACUCGAACUCUCCAAGAAGAGAGAAUUAUUUCAAGAUCUUGCUCCAUUAUUAUGGAAUUCAUUUGGUACUAUUGCUGCACUUUUGCAGGAAAUAGUUUCAAUAUACCCUGUUCUUUCUCCACCAAAUCUUACUCCAGCACAAUCUAAUCGUGUGUGCAAUGCACUUGCUCUUCUUCAGUGCGUAGCAUCACACCCUGAUACAAGGAUGUUGUUCCUCAAUGCUCAUAUACCUCUAUAUCUGUAUCCCUUCCUUAAUACAACAAGCAAAUCAAGACCAUUUGAGUACUUGAGACUCACCAGUCUUGGCGUCAUUGGUGCUUUGGUGAAGGUUGAUGAUACGGAAGUCAUAAGUUUCCUUCUUUCAACUGAGAUAAUUCCAUUGUGCCUGCGCACCAUGGAAAUGGGCAGUGAACUAUCAAAAACAGUUGCAACUUUCAUUGUUCAGAAAAUCCUAUUGGACGACGUGGGCUUGGAUUAUAUUUGCACUACAGCUGAGCGUUUUUUUGCAGUAGGUCGAGUUUUGGGAAACAUGGUGGCAGCUCUUGCUGAGCAGCCCUCAUCUCGUUUGUUGAAGCAUAUCAUCCGAUGCUAUCUUCGCCUAUCAGAUAAUCCAAGGGCUUGUGAUGCAUUAAGAAGUUGUCUUCCAGACAUGUUAAGAGAUGCUACUUUCAGCAACUGCCUUCGUGAGGACCUUACAACCAGGAGGUGGCUGCAACAAUUGCUUCAGAAUGUUGGUGUGAGUCGGGUGCCCACUCUGCAAGCCGGAGGCGGCUUCGACCAUAUGAUGGUGACAUGAGUCUGUUGAAUCUUACUUUGUGCAUGAGCUCAUUGUCAUUUCUAAUUAUCCGAUCACAUUUUCUCUCGUAAUUGUAAUUAUCAAGUUUACUGAAAAAUUGUUUUAAGAUGUCUUGUAAUUUAUAUAGUAUGUAACUUAAUAGGUGGUUCUUUAUAACAAAUGUUCAUCCAAGGUUUAGGUGGCUUAAGUUCUAGUUCCUUUAGAUUUAGUUAUAUGUUAUGGAAAAUGAAACAUCAAGAAAUGUGAUGGGAAUGGUAUGACCUGCUAAAUCUCCAUAACAUUAUUUGGAAUUACAGUCAAAUUAGCAAGA